CAAAAUAUCUCUCUCUCUCUCUCCGACGAGCUCGUUCGCUUCUCACCGUCGAAUAACCUCUCUGACGUCGGAAGCUCUCCCUCAGCGGCAAUCGACUAUUGCGUAGUGAAGCUCAGCGCUGGACGGAUGAUGUCGACGGAGAGACAAGCCUUGUUGCAGAUCUGAGCGAAACGAGACGGCAUCGUUUCACCAUCUCCUCAUCUUUCUUCCACGUUUUCUCCGAUCUCGACGCCGAUUCAAAGCAGAUCGGAGAAAUCAAAUCAGUCACCGAAGGGAAUGGCUUCAUCGACCACGGUCAGAGUCUCCUCCAUCUUCCGCCGUGACCAGAUUGUCUUCCUUGUCGUCCACAAGAUCUGGUAUGCGAGCGCGGGUCAUGGAUCUGGUAUGCGAGUUGAGGUCAAAGCAGAAUCAGAUUGGCUAGAUAUGAGAGUCAAAGCGCGAGUGAGAGAGAGAGAGAGAGGGAGAGACCUGGUAUUCGUGGAUGUUGAGGCGGCGGAGCUGUUGCUGCUGCCAUUUUCCGGCGAUGGAGAGAGAGCAGGAAGUGAGGUGCUUGAGUAAUCCUCUCACCAUUGUUCGGAGCUCUGAGAGACCUAGGCCAACAACAACCACCACUGAGAUAUAGAGAGAGGGAGAGACUGCGUUUGCCGGAAGCAGAGACUCCGAUUCCGAUUUCUUCUUACGACGACGGCGGCGGCAUCUCCGAUGAAGGCUCUGAUCCUGAUUAUAUAACAUGUCGUCAAAUCCGAAUUUGUCCCCUUUGCAUUUGUAGAAGGGCCAGAGUGACAGAUGGAAAGCGAGGCCCAGAAAGACGCCGUCAUUGGUCGAGCAGGAGUACCGGAAGAAAGUGGUAAGGGACCUCAACUCUUUGAUUUCCGGGGCCGACACCACCGCCGACGACGCGGUCGAAGAUGAAAUCACUGGUACAGAAUGGUUCUUCCUUGUUUCCAUGACCCAGAGUUUCGUCAACGGCGGCGGGUUGCCUGGUCAGGCCUUUUUCUAUUCCAACCCGGUCUGGUUCACCGGGCCGGACCGCCUAGCGGCGUCCUCCUGCGAGCGGGCCCGCCAAGCUCAGGUCUUCGGCCUACAGACUAUGGUCUGCGUCCCGACGGCAAAUGGGGUGGUCGAAUUGGGCUCGACGGAGCUGAUAUUCCUGAGCUCGGAUCUGAUGAACGGGGUCCGAGUAUUGUUUGAUUUCAAUAAUCUUGAAGUCGGGUCUUGGCCUGUAGCUUCGGCCACUUCAGGACCGAGUAGCAGUAACCGUCACAUCUUUAAGCCGAUUCAGUUUGACAACCACCCUAGUUCCAGUUGCUCUUCUGCUACUCAGUGGAAGUAUGAUGUGUUUUUGAGUUUCAGGGGUCCUGACACUCGAAGGAGUAUUAUAUCUGAUUUAUACGAUCGGCUGCAAAACAAGAGAGGAAUCAGAACAUUUAUGGAUGAUCCAGAUCUUCAAGUAGGGGAUGCUAUUUCUCCCGCUCUGCUAAAGGCGAUUGAAGAAUCAAGGUUUGCAAUCGUUGUUCUAUCGGAGAAGUAUGCUCAUUCUACUUGGUGUUUGGAUGAACUUACAAGGAUCUGUCAGUGCAUGAGAGACGACAGCAGAAUUCUUCCACUUUUCUAUAAUGUGGAACCCUCUGAUGUAAGGCAUCGGAAAAGGAGUUUCAGAGAAGCUUUCGAUAAGCAUGAAAGCUCUGGGCGACACACAUCAGAGAAGGUGCACCGGUGGAAUGAUGCAUUAAACAAAGUGGCCAGUUUUUCUGGGUGGCAUACAAAGAAUUUUAAGACUGAUAGAGAUCUUGUCGACUCCAUUGUGGAAUUCGUGUGCAGUAAAGUACAGCCUAUUGAAACCGAGUUUACAAUGUUUGCUGGAGAUUUUCAAGCAUUUGAAGCAACAAGAAAAAGCAUGAAUGAGGUUAUGAAGGCGCUUCAAGAUGACGAGGUCACUGCCCUUGGGGUCUAUGGAAUGGGAGGGGUCGGCAAGACAACCAUGGUUAAACGUAUCGGUGCGCUAGCCUGCAAGAAUGGAAUUUUUAACCAUGUAGUUCUGGCUGCCAUAUCCCAAAGCCCUGACUCGAGAAAUAUUCAAUCCACAUUGGCAGAGCUGCUGGGCUUCAAAUUCAAGUGGGAGACAGAAAUUGGAAGAGCGGCUGAGUUGCAUGGGAAGAUAAUGAGUAAAAAUAAGAUCCUUAUAAUCCUGGACGACAUUUGGGAGAGAAUGGAUUUGUCCAGAAUAGGAAUUCCCAGCUAUCACGAGCUCAAAAAAUACAAUUCUAAAGUCCUAUUCACCACGCGGAGAUUGCAUGUUUGCAAUUCCAUGGACAGCCAAGCAAGCAUUCCUCUCGAUAUCUUAUCAGAAGAAGAUUCUUGGAAAUUGUUUGUGAGAAAUGCAGGAAGGUCUUUUGAAUCCCCCAAUUUUAAUAACGUAGCGGGAAAGGUAGCUGGAGAAUGCAGGGGUCUACCAAUUGCAUUGAUAGCAGUUGCAAGGGCACUCAGAGAUAAAGAUCUGGCGGAAUGGCAAAAAGCAGCUCAACGACUAGAGAAGUCGCAAAUUGCCAACCCUGAUGAUAAGGGAGAUGCGUUCGAAUGUAUAAAAUUAAGCUUUGAUUACUUGAAAGAUGAGGACCACAAGUCAUGCUUCUUGCUCUGUUGCCUAUUCCCAGAAGACCAUGAAAUCAAUGUAGAAGACUUGUUCAGGUAUGCGAUUGGAAAAGGAUUGUUUCAAGAUGCCGAAACAAUGGACGAAGCCAGAGGAACAGCAGAUUCAGUGGUCAAGUACCUGAAAGAUUCGAGCUUGCUUUUGGAGAGUGAAUACAUUGGAUGUGUAAAGAUGCAUGAUGUCAUCUGGGAUACAGCCAUGAAUAUUGCAAAAUCUAAAGAUGGGCAUCGGUUUACGGUAAAAGUUGGCUGUGGUUUAGAGGAUUGGCAGCCACGCGGAUUACAUGAAGGCUGCACUGCUAUUUCACUAAUGAGGAACAAAAUUCACAAGCUACCCGAAGAAGAGUUGGUAUGUCCAAAUCUCCAGCUUUUAUUACUAAAACAGAAUGCUGAUUUAAAUGAGAUCCCAGAAAAGUUUAUCCAAAAUCUGAACAAAUUAAGGCUCUUGGAUCUUAGCAACACUAGUAUUUCCGUACUACCCCAAUCAUUCAGUCUCCUUACCAACCUUCAAGCUUUGAAUUUAGAUUUUUGCGAUCAAUUGAUUGACAUAUCCGUAGUGGGAAAACUUAAGAAGCUUGAAAUUCUUAGUAUGAGACAAUGUCCUCUCAAGAAACUGUCGAGAGAAAUAGGACAUUUGACCAAUCUAAGAAUUUUGGAUGUCAGUUCCUCUCGAUUUCUCAUAAUUCCACCUAAAGUGAUACCGAAGUUGCAUAAAUUAGAAGAAUUGUAUAUACUAAACUGUGGAUUUGAGGAUUGGGGGAGUGAAGUUGAGAGAGAAGGAGAAGAAACUGAAUUGUCAAAUUUCAAAAAUUGGCAGGUUUGCAUAUCUGAUGCUAAAUGCACACCUAAAUGUCUUGAGGUCAAUGUAGAAUAUCAUAAUUCAAGAUCCUUGUUUCUUAAUGGAGCAACCAUAAGUACCUUACCUGACUGGUUUAUCAACACAGUGACAAAGAAAACAGAGAAGCUAGAGUACAGUAGCUGCAAUGGGAUGAGUGACAUUCUUAUGGAAUAUGACCAUGGGAGGUUACAUAAGCUCAAGCAUCUCAGAGUAUGUGGUUAUUUUUGUGAUUCCUAUGUGUACUUGAAGGAGUUGAUGAACACAACAAGACGAGUUCAAAAAGGACCAGUGUUUGUGAAUUUGGAAGAGUUGCAUCUGAUAGAUCUGAUCCACCUUAAUGAGUUGUGUGUUGGAGAGUUACCACCUGGGUCUCUCUUCAAUCUGAAGCUAUUGCAUAUAUCUUUUUGUAAGAGUUUGAAGAAUGUAUCAAAACUGGUACAGAGACUACCAAAUCUGGAGAAACUAUAUUUAAAUUGCAUGGAUGACCUGGAAUAUGUGUUUGGAUGCGAAGGGUUUGAGCCGAAAGAAUCAAAACUGAGAGAGAUGCAGUUGUUGGGCCUAAAUUCAGUGAAGAGCAUUUGUAAUGGUCCUGCUUCACGUGUAAUGUUCCAGUGUCUUAAAAGUUUGACCUUUUACCGUUGCGAGUUGCUACAUAGUCUGUUCGCAUAUGAUGUAGCUCAGAAUCUUGUUCAAUUGGAAGACCUUUUAGUAGAAUGGUGCCCUUUGUUGAAAAGAGUAAUUGAAGCAGUGAACAACAAGAAGACGGUUCUUCGAAAAAUGAAGAACUUGGUUUUCAUGGGACUUCCCAAGUUGUAUGGUGCAAGUGCUACUGUUGACAUUGAGUGUCCUUCAUUGGAACACUUGAUUGUGGUGGAUUGUCCCCGGUUUUCAUUUUCAACCUCUUCCUUCAGCAGGAACCAGUUUUCAUUUUCAACCCCUGCUUCUGACUGCUUUGGCAGCAGGAACCUAGUCAAACUCAAUGAUCAACAACAUCUUCAACUUCUAUCAUCAAGGGUUGGUCAUCUAGGUGAGGCUGCAAAUCCGAUUAAUAUGCUUGAAGCUGCAUUGCUUGAUCGUGACUUUCAAGACAGCUACAUGGAUUAUAACAGCCAUUAAUUCUAGGAACCUUGGAGAAUGAAUCCAUCAGGAUGAUAUUUGAUUCUUGCCACUGAUGCGGCCGUGUAUCUGCUAUGUACUGAAGUCUCUCAAAGUAGAUGGGCAGCAUGUAAUGGUCCCCCGCUGACUUGCAAUGGUCCCUCAGCUUCUGACUUCCAGGGCAGGAACCAAGUCCAACUCCAUGAUUAAAAACAUCUUCAAUUCCUUUGUCCAGGUUCAGUUGGUCAUCCAGCUGAGGCUGCAAUCCAAUUGAUACACUAGAAGCUUUGCUGGAUCGUGACUCUCAAAACAGCCAAAGAGUUUGUAAAAGCCAUUCUAGGAACCUUGGAGAGUGAAGAGAUCAGUUUACGUGCUCAACCAGGAUGACAUUUGAUUCUUGCCACUGGCGUGGCAUAUCUGCUUUACAAAAGUAUCCCUGUCAGAACAAGUUGAUACAUAUAUUCAUCAAGAAAUAAAAACUUGCAUCAAAUAGCAGCUGGAAAUACCGACUUGAGAGGUGUAGCAGAAAGAGAGUUCAAUAGUCCAGAAGAAGAUUCCACAAUUGGCUUCUAAAAAUGCUAUAAACUUAUCUUUUGAGUUAAUAAAUGUUCAUUCUUUUGAUAUAUUUGACUAAAACAGUUUGAGCUUUGAAUUUUGUCUGUCUGAAGUUGCUUGAUAUAAGUCCUGUUUUCCUUGAGGCUCUGUUUCCUCUGUUUUAAUUUGCUUGCUAGUUGUCCUGCGAGUUCAUCAGAAAUCCUGUACUUGGUUUCUCUUUUAGCUUUGCAAGAUGGAUUUAUACAGACGAUAAUAUUUUGUUUGC